AUGAGAAGAGUCGAUUCUUCUUUCAACAACUCAUAUUUGAUGUCAGCUACUGUCACUCUAUGGUCAGAGACAAUUGGUGUCGCUAAACUAAUCAACUUCUCAAGUGACAAACCUGCUCAAAUUGACAAUACCCAUCAGGAUUCAAGUUCUGCUCAUUUUCAACUACAAACUAGUUCGAUCGAGUUGGAUUUGGAGAAAGAAGGCGCGACUUUGAGAAUCCGUUGUGGAUUGAUUAAAUCUGAUAUUGCUUUUGAGCUUUUUCUGGAUUUCGGCAAAAGGAUGAGUCACCAUUCGUCUGCACUUGGGAAAACACCUUCUGGUAACAGAAGAUUAAAAGAUCUAUUGCAGCAACGUGAUAAUCGAACAUGUGCUGAUUGUGGUGCACCUGAUCCUAAAUGGGCUUCUGCUAAUAUCGGAGUGUUCAUAUGCUUAAAAUGUUGUGGUGUUCACAGAAGUCUUGGUGUUCAUAUUUCCAAGGUUUUAUCAGUGACAUUAGAUUCAUGGAGUGAUGCUGAAAUUGAUGCCAUGAUUGAAGUUGGAGGAAAUGCAUCUGCAAAUUCAAUCUAUGAAGCAUAUAUUCCUCAAGGAAUUUCUAAACCUAGACCUGAUGCUUCUCAAGAACAUCGUUCAAAUUUUAUCAGGUCAAAGUAUGAGCUUCAAGAUUUCUUGAAACCAAGUUUAAGGAUCUCAUCAAGUAAUUCUAGCUCUCUAAAAUCAAGUUUAUCAAGAAAGAUUAUGGACAAUGUUCCAAGUAAUAAAGGCAUGGUGGAAUUCAUUGGAGUCUUGAAAAUCACAGUGAUAAGAGGAAAAAACCUUGCUGUUCGUGACAUGCUUUCAAGUGAUCCAUAUGUUGUCCUUACUUUAGGACAACAGAAGGCACAAACAACUGUAAGGAAUAGCAACUUGAAUCCAAUUUGGAAUGAGGAGCUUAUGCUUUCUGUUCCUCAGAAUUACGGGCCUGUUAAACUGCAAGUGUUUGAUCACGAUACAUUUUCAGCGGAUGAUAUAAUGGGGGAAGCGGAGAUUUAUAUUAUGCCAUUAAUAACAUCCGCAAUGGCAUUUGGGGAUGCGGGAAUAUUAGAAAAUAUGCAAAUUGGAAAAUGGCUAAAAUCACAUGAUAAUGCACUUUUGGAAGAUAGCAUUGUCAAUAUUAUCGAUGGGAAAGUCAUACAAGAGGUUAAAUUAAAACUCCAAAAUGUCGAAUCCGGUGAAAUGGAUCUUCGAAUUGAGUGGACCCCACUUGACCAAUAAUAAUAAAUAAUUGUGUAAAAUGUUCAAACGUUUUUAUAUGUUUCUUGCAUUUCUUAUACUUAUCUUGUUGUAUUUAUCGGUUUUUAUAUGUUAAGUUCUCGAGAAGGACUUUUACAUUAUUAUGAAAGUUACGUUUGAUUUCUCCCUUUAUUUUAAAGGGUUAGAUGUGGAUAAUGAUGAUUUAUUCUAAUUAUUUUCAAAUAGUUUAUGG